GGCCUCGGUCACCGACCGCCCUCGCUGUCCCGCCCAAGCAUGAGCCGGGGCUGGAUGGGGCCGUGGACAGCGGCCGCCUUGCUGCUGGGAGCCGGGAUGGCUUCGGGGAGCGCGGCCACAGGAGAAGAACUGCAGGUUCAAAUGAUCUGCUUCAAUUUCGAAACGGUGCAGGUUACGUGGAAUGCAAGUCAGUACCCCGGGACGAACCUGACUUUCUUCUACAAAUUCAGCCCCGAGGAAGAGUACAGCCCCUGUCCCCGCUACACUGUUGACCAGGGCCACGCCACAGGGUGCCUGCUCGGGGCCAAGGACGCCAUUCUGUAUUUCUCUAUCAGAGACGGAAGCCGUCCCGUUCUCACCAUGGACCAGUGGGUCAGCGAGUACCUGAAGCCCAGCUCCCCGGAAGAUGUGAGGUUCUCGUGGCACCAAGAAGCGGUCACGGUGGUGUGCACCAACCUGUCCUACAACGGUCUGCUCUAUGAGGUCCAGUAUCGGAGCACCUUCGACACCGCCUGGCAGUCCAAGGAGGAAAAGAGCUGCCACGUUACCGUAGACGGCUUGGAUGCCGAGAAGUGCUACUCCUUCCGGGCUAGAAUAAAGGCAAGCGAGGUCAGCUACGGCUCCGCCACUCACCCCAGCGACUGGUCGGAGACGGCGCUCUGGCAGGGAGGCCAGCCGAGAGAUCGGUGUCCGGAGAAGGAGCCGCUCUCUCCCAGGUUCAUCUUACUGUCCGGGCUGGCCACUGUCCUGGCGCUGUCUCUGCUGUCGCUGUCCGUGUGGAAACUGUGGAGGAUGAAGAGGCUCCUCGUGCCCACGGUGCCUGACCCGAAGUCCACCUUCCCUGGUCUGUUCGAGCAGCACCGGGGAGACUUCCAGGAGUGGAUCAGAGACACCCAGAAUGUGGCCCCCGUGAGCAAGAUGGAGUUCCAGGACCAGGAGUGUGAGCCCGUGGGCGCCCUGGUGGUCCAGCCAGCCAAGACGGAGGUGGGGACACCCACGACCGUGGGCGAGGGCGAGGCUUCCGGGGGGCCCCUCCCGCUCCCUGGCCAGCUCCCCCGAGGCGGGGACGUGGUCUCUGUCGGGGGCUUUACGUUCGUGGUGAGCGACAGCUCGUACGUGACACUGUGAAGGCACACGACCUUGGACGGAAUGUUCCGGGUGCUCCGUACCUUCAUGGAGGGAACACCUGCACCCGUGACGCUGGUGUCGGAGUCCUGGAAGAUCCCAGACCCCAAGGAAUGUGUCCUGUGACAACGGCCAGCCCACUGACGUCUCUGCGGGAGACCUCGGUAGUGGACUCGUUGUGGGGGGAGACAUUUCUUCGGAACACUUGCUUGCUUUCGGUUUCCACCUCUGCUGUUCCCUAACUUUUAAAGGAGGAGGAGGACAAAGCCUUGAAGCCCCCCUCCUCUGUCUGUGCCCACCUCCCGCCCUCUCUUUCUGUUACUCCCACCUGCGGAUGGCUGUGCGGCUCUUUUGUUACACGGCACGUGUACCCAGCCAGCGCGGCAGGGCAUGCCCGCGUAGGGAGGGGAAUCCUGCUUUACAAACACAAAGGAGCAGGGCGGGGCGGUGGUGCAGCUCGGAAUGCGACGUGGCCAAGUUCGGGGUUCAUAUCUGCUGACGCCCUGGAGUUCUCUGGGCUCCUGUGCACCUGGUUCAGGGCGGCCUGAGGCUGGAAGCGGAUCUGCGCCAGCAGUGAGCCAGCCUCUGGCAUGCUGGCUGAGGUGUCUGUCUGAAGUUUGCAGUAAUGAGUCUUCUGGUUUUCGGGGGUUUUUGCUAUAGGGCGUGUGUACUUGCCAGAAAGAGAGACAGAGACAGAGAGACA